UGCUAAAAAACAAAAAUAAAUACAAAGUUUUGAUUAGAAAACGAAGCGAUCGAUCGCUUCUUAACGCAGACUCUCUUUCCUUCGGUUAUGUAAACACUCUCUUCUGUCAAAAAAUAGACAUUUAUUGGAAACGUCGUCAAAAAUAUGCCGAAACGCAGGAGUGAGGAUUCGCUGGAAGGCGAAGAACCGAUAGAUGACAUGUCUAUUCCGUUACCGAUUCAGACAUUCCUUUGGCGCCAAACCAGUCCGUUCAUUCGGCCAAAAAUCAGUCGUCUUCAAGAUGCGGCUGCAAUGGAACAAAGGGAGGCGUGUAAGUCGUUUGAGAAGGUGUUGGUUCAGAACAUUCAGUUCGGAUUGUCUCCCAGUCUGACCGAAGCCAUCAAAAGUAUCAGCAGGUGGCGUUUGGUUUUGUCUGCUUUACCGCAUGUAAUGCACUGUUGUUCGGCUUUACUGUACGGAAGACGAAACAGCUCUUUCGACAAGUUGUCGGCCGCCGAAACCAAACUGCUCUAUACUUUGCAUUGGAUUUUGUUGGACGCGGCCGAAGAGUGUGCGGACGCGGAGUGCGAACAAGGAAUCAUUCGAAGACCGGAAUACUAUUUGUUGCCGAUAACCACUAUUCAGGUCUUUAUCUAUUUGUUCGCACCGCUCAUGUCUCGCCUCAAAGAUUCCGACUUUCUGACCAGUUUUCGACUCGAGAACGGCUACAAGAUUUGGUCUCCUCUGUUCGCUCAUUCGCAUCCGGAAAUAACUUCAUUCACAUCACAAGUCAAACCCAAACGAAACAUAUUACGCGCCACAAGACAUGAACGCAAAUCACAAGCGGUUCCAAAGUUCGGAGACGUCUUUCUCGGUGUAUUGGGUGCUGACCCGAGACGAGAGUUCACACCCACGCCUUCAAUGGCUUCUUCCAACGGACAACAACUCACUCCAAUUCCGACUCCAAUUCCGACUCCAAUUCCGACCCCAAUUCCGCCCCCGACUCCGACUUCGACCCCGACUUCGACUCCGUUUUUGAGUUCGCCGAUUGCGGCCACUUCGAGUGUGUCGAUUGAGAAGAUUGAAGGAAAAGAGUCGAUAACUCCGACGAAAAGCAGUUCUUCGGCCGAAAAGAAAACCUUCGAAAUCGAGUCCAAACCAAUGAUCAAUCCAGCGAUGGCCACCUAUUUGGAUGUCGCAGUUCUUCGGUGUCUUUUUUCCAAUCAAUGGCUUGAAGAAGGUGUCGAGUGGGCGCUUAACUUUGUCCUCAAUCGACUUAAAACCAUUGGUUUGGAUUCGGUUUCCAAAGAAAAGUCGCGAAACAGAAGUUCUUCUCUUCCGUUACCGAAAAAAGAAAAACCAAAUCAAUCUUCUUUUGAGCCGAAAAACAAAUCCGAAGACAAAACGGUUCCGAAAGUUGUUUUGGAUGACAGGAAUUUGCAAUCUUUGCCGUCAAAGUCGCCGUCAAUGCAAGACUUGCGUCGUUCGUCGUUCUCAGGUUUGCCCGGAUUGGUCGGAUUCAUUAGUUCGGCAAAUCCUCUGCCAAUCGGUCGAGUGGGCAGUGAAAAGAUCAAAUCGCCCAAAAGACAGAAGAAGUGCGAACAGCCGACCGACAAAGCGAGUGGCGAACAGAAUCUGGAAAAAUUGGUGGACGGAGAGGACGUCGUGUCGAACAAACUGCAGAAACAGGUCGACAGAGGAGACGCAGUGUUUCUGUCCAAAGAGUUUGUUCGUCCGCCGCCACGACCAAAGUCGACAAUUGGACAUUACGAGAAGAAAUUGUUGGACAACUCGGAAAUGCAAAGAGGAAAGUCCAUGCCUUCUCUUCAUUUGUCAUCUUUGUUUACUUCAGACAAGUCGUGGAGACUUUCGGCUCCCGACAAGUCGCCCAAGAAGUCCGCAGCGCAAUCGUAUUCAGUUCCGUAUCCGAUAAUCACAAUUACCGAACACUCGCCGGUCACUUCUAUUCAGUUCUUUUUGAAUCAAGAAACCCGUGAUUCACCGAAAGAAGAGUCCUAUAACUGGCAAUCGGCGCCGACACCGACGCCAGCGAUAACUCGAAGUCAGACCGACUCAGACAUCAGUUAUUAUUCGGAUAACAUGUCAGAAGCGCCCGCAUCCAUGCAUUACGUGACCAAAAGCGGACAGUUGAGUCUUGUAGUGAUUCUGAAGGCCGUUCACGCGAUUUCUCUGAAAGACUCUGUUUGUUCUUUGGCUGUUUGUCGAGCCAUUCAUGAGAUUCUCAACCGACUCAUCAAUAUGGGUGUUCUUCCCGCUUUCAUCGCUCCGGUCGAACCCGAAUCCGUCAGUCCGGUCAACGGCGAAGUCAAUGGACGCAAUAAACCCGAAAACGAAGAACUAUCGAUUCAUCAUCUUUUUAUGGAUACUUUGAUUCGAUUGAUAAAACAUUUGGGAUGUCCUCACGGUUGUGGAGAAGGACAUCGAGCUGAAGAAGCCAUUCAACUGAAACGUGGCAUUUCCAUCACUCUUUCUUAUUUGCAUCAGUCUUCAGAAUCUCAUUUUAGUCGCUUUUUUGACGAAAUGGUAAACAGAAGAGCCGUUCAAGAGAUUGUAGACGUUUUCCAUGCUUUCCUUGGCUUUUGUUUAGACGGAAAUCAAAACAACAAUCAAAGGAAACAAUCAAACAAUCCGACUCUAACUAGUCAACAGUCAGUUGAUUCAAAUUCUGGUUCCGGAGGAAGGAGUGGGUAUUCUACUAAUUUUGGGGCCGGAUUCGGGAAAUUGUGUGUCAAAGGUAUUGAAGGCGUUAUAAUCGGAUGUAUUUUAAAGCCAUUUAUCAGUCGUUUGACAAAAAUGACAAAAGAAUUGCGUCUUCAGGAGAAUAUGAGUCUCUAUUGUGAAAUCCGACAGUUUGUCGCUUACGUUCGUGAUACUCACGGCGGAGCUUUCAGAAGAGUGGCUUUAAGCGGACUGUUGGACUCUGCACAUCAGUUGCAGAAAAAACAAGACAAACAAACCAGUCCUUCAGCCAUAAGACGUGCAGAAGAACAACGAAGUGGUCAACAUUCGCCGACACAGACCGAAGAAACAGAUAUCAAAAGUCAUAAGAAGUUCUUCAAGAAAAAGAGUUCGACCGCAGGAAUCAAAGCCGCGCCGAGCAGUCAAAGUAUUCACGACGACAAUCAACUGCUCAAUGAAUGGCCACUUCCCGGAACUGGAUUGAGUCAGACUCACGGCAGUACCGGUGCUCUUCGUGUCCAGAGAGCGGCGUCUCCGCGAUUGUCGAUAACAGACGACGACGCAGUGAUAAUGAUGCAAAAGCAGAAGAGCGGAAAAGCAUUUGCAAAUUUGGCCAAUUGGUUCAAAACGGGUGCCAAACCCGAGUCAUUACAUCCAGAUUCGGCUGUUUUGCUGGACAACGGACAGACUUUGGGAUUUGUUUCGGCGUCCGAACCGUCAACUGACAAACUGGUGAGAAGAGCCAGUUUUAGUCGGACUCCAGUCAAAGGCGGAUCUGUUGUUGCGGGAGGAAGUGGUCAACAGAAACAUUCGACUUUUGUGAAAGCGCGCAAAAGAAUGGAAGAUCAGUUUCGCUUUGUUUUUGGAAAAUCCAAAGCCAAACACGGAUCCAGUUUUGAAGACACUCCGGAUUUGUCUCGACGAAACUCCUUUGAUUUCGACCGAACAAACGAUGGCGACGUUCUCUUAGCGCGAGAAUCACGAGUCGUGUCUUUACCCGCAGUUCGCGACGGAAUGAUUCGCUUUCAGUUUCUGUUGGAAGCCUGUACUCCGGGAACUCUUCCCGACGCGCCUCUUGUGGCCGCAAUGCUCGACCUUCGCGCUCCGGUAGUGGCACGUGCCGCCUUCUACUUGGAAUGCGCGCAUUUCGUGCACCGUUGUAACCGCGGACUCUGGCCGACUUGGAUGCGCCACAACUUCAGUUUGUUUCGUCCGUCGGCUCCGGCGCGUACCGGUUCGCAGUCGGCGAUUCGCGGUCGAGCGUCGAAUGCAUUGCAGCGAAUGGCCGGUCGGGCGUUCUAUCAAUGGGCGGAAAUGUUGGGCGCGAGACUCGAAGAGAUUGUUCUGAAUGACAUCAAUACUGACAAAUCGGCAAAUCUGACCGAUGAUGGCAAACGAAGACAACUCAAGUACGACGACGAAGACGAAGACUUCUUGGACGAAGCGUUUGUCAACGCCGACGGAAAUCAGUGUCCGUUUGCUCUAAAACUAGUCGCGUGUCAAUUGCUGUACGAAAUUACGGCUUUUCUUCGCGAAACACAACAGUAUUUGCCAUCCCGUUCCUCGCGAUCGUCUAUUCGCGAACGCAGUUCUACUUUCGAACCGAAGACAGUGACAGCCAAUAGAAGAUGGUCAAUGGCUUUGACAAAUAUCGGACCAAUUGAUGGAUUCAAUCAUCCGUCGCAAACAUUCGGAGAAAGAAGAAUCAGUUUUGUUCUUCAGGAAGCCGACGGAGAAGACGGAUCCACGAGUGAUAUCUCUGGAGUUGAUGACGGAACUCUGGACAAAAAGCGAUUGUCACAAACGGGAGUUGCGGGUCGUCCGCAUUUGUUGCGUCGUUCGACGGGUGGGAGUGGACACGGCAGUUUCAAAAGACGAUCGAUUAAACUGAAAAAAGGCGCCGAAAGAAAACCGAAACAGCGUUCGUCUACUGUCGCCGACGAAGAAGAGGGCGACACUCAGAAACACUCUAUUCUUCGGCGAUCAGACUCUCUUCGGUCGCGACGGAAAGUCAGCGGAAUUUCUGAACGUUCGGAUACUUCGGAACGCGUUUCGGGAGACGAAUCGCCGGGAGUUUUGUCAGACGACGGACAGAUGGACACUCCGUCAGAUACGGUAGAAACGGAUGAUACAGAAAUCACAUCGAAUUUGCCAUGGCUUAAGAUAAUGAAUCAAAUGGUUUCGAAUUUGUCUUUCAAUUGUUCUCACGUUAAUUAUUGUCAAAACGAUUGCUUUCGAAGACAAAUGAGAAGCGCUUCCCGACUCAUGAAAGCCGUUAACAAAGUCUAUAACGAAGAGUCGGUCGAAAAGAAUAAAUCCCCGAUUGUGACCUUACGGCUGUUUGAGGACAAAGACGACGCGGCAAAGCGUGAAAAGAAACUCAAGAAAAUAGUCACGGGACCUUCUUCGCCUAUAAGACGCAAGAUCUCGGUCGGUCACGGUCUGGAACGCGACCAUGGUCAGUCCGUGCAUUCGUCGACCACUUAUUUGGCGCAUCAGGUGGACUUGGAAGCUGGUCCGGCGGACGCUGAAGACCCGCGACGCACGUUCAUAGAAGUGGCCAAUCAGAAGGCGCAAAUCAGACGCGAAGAGAACCCGACUUUGAAGUACACGACAACUCAUGUCAAAAACCCUUUCGGCUCUCCAUUGGCUGCGGCUCUUAAGGGAGCGUUAGUGUUGUCUCAAACAGACUUUGAAUGUGUUUUGCGUAUGUCUUGGGAUCUGUUGUUGGAAUCAGACGCGGAAUUAGUGGCGACAUCUGCCGUUGCGGUAAUUGUUUGUUCUCUUAAAUGUCCGCAAUCUGUAGCCGAUCUUCUAGAAAGAGAACUGACUCAUGAAAAGCCAGAACGACGUUCUCUGGCUGUCGACAAGUUCUACCGAAUUUGGUCAGCGCGGUUCCAGUGUUGGCCUCGACUCGAAGACGGAGCGCAUCUCUACUUGAAAGUCCCCCCUCCGGCCAUUGAAUUCACUCUUCCGUCGCCACGAAUUGCUUUGGAAUCGAUUCCAGUUGUAGAUCCGGCUUAUAUGCCGACAGCGCGUGCAAAAGUCGAAGAAGUGACAAUAAGUCAAGAACCGGCGAUUCAGAGGUCUUUUGUUGCGGCCACGAAGACGCGACGCAAACAACAGAUCGAAAUGGUCACGAGAGCUCUGCAACAGGAAGAAGACCGUUUGCGUGAAGAACGCGAGAACUAUCGGUUGUCUGCCGUCCCGAUUCUGCUUCAGGCCGCUUACGAACCGGCGCUCUUCCAUACCGUCGAAGAACACGAAGACGAUUCGGACGAAGCGCUCGAACGUCCGCCGGCGCACAACAUCCAGAUGGCUCAGGCCGUCUUUCCGUCGACUCUGUGUUCGGCGGCUGUCAGUAUUAUCAAUCUUCUGGACGAUCCCGAGGUUGCAUCGGACGGAAGCGCUGUUUACGAAGUGGCCUAUAAAGUGAUUUGGCAUUGUCUUGUUGAAGACGCGUCACUCUUUUUGCGCCAUUUUCUCGAACGCCUGACUCGCGAACGACAAUCUGUUAUUUUCCAGACUUUGCGCCGUUUGAUCCGUUUUAUGCCACGACUGCCCGCUCAGGCGGCUUACACGCUCUACAACUAUCUCAUCGGAUUUGUCAUGUAUCACGUGCGCGCUCCGGUAGAGAACAGUCAGGAAGUGAUUGCUUCCGUUCUAUCGAUUCUAUGGCUCGUCGUUCCCAAUGUCCACGGACUCUUCCUCAAGGAUCUCAAACAAAUUCUACGCAAAGAACAGUGCGACGCAUCCCUUCUGGUUACGGCCAAUGUGCCGUCGGCCAAGAAGAUCAUUGUUCACGGACCGGACGCUUCGGUAAUUCCGUCGCAAUUUCCGAUUCACGAAGACACGCAAUUCGCACAGAUUCUGACCGAUAGUCUGGACUUUUUCGGAAUUGACGAAUCGCAACACGAGCAGUACUUUUUGGUCGAUUCCAAGACCAAUCAAAUGCAUAAUUUGAAUGCUUUUGUUCGCGACUUUUAUUUCUUCAAACGUUCACAAUAUCCGCAGAUUUCUUUGGUUCACAUGAAUCCCGAAGAAGCCUUCGAUCGUCUUCAGAGACAGGCUUUUACUCUUCAAUUUGUUGAAUUAGGAAAAACUUUGAUGUGUCUUUCGUUAAUAAAAUCGCAAUUUCUGGGAACACAACGCGUUCUCUUCUUACACGAAGAACUCAUGAAACUUCCGUCUUUUCCUCGUAAAGCACUUGAAGCCAACUUCUCGCUCUACUCGGAACCGAACGGUCAGGAAGUGCUUGGAAUGGACACUUUGCAUAAACUGGUCUGGGUCAAACUGGUCGCGCGUAUGUUUGAGGCCACGAGUGGUUUCUUCGCUCAGUCUUCGGACAUCCAUUUGUUCCUGAAUGUAGUGAACGGAGCUCUUGUUCUUCACUGCGAGAACUCGUCCAUGUUGCGUCUUUGUAUGGCCACUUAUAUCAACGGCGCGCAUCAGUUCCGCAAUAUUUUCGCCCAAAACGGGUAUUUAUUGAUUUUGCCGACAAUCGCGAGGAUCUAUUCGAACCAUCAGACGAACGGUCUGUUGUGUCGCGCCGUAGAGUUUGUUUGCAAACAGUUUUAUAUUCUUCACCGAAAACCGUUUGUUUUGCAAAUGUUCGGAUCCGUCGCUCCUCUUCUCGAUUUGGACACUGGAUGUGCUUUCGGCGACGCCAGUAAAGUCCAACCCCGGGCUUUCUUUCAAUUGUUGCAAUCUCUGGGCCAAUACAUUGUGGAUCCGUUGGAUAUCUUGGAAUUAGUCGAAGCGGAGAAACCUCUGAAAGCGCUCGACUUUUGCUACCAAAUGGACGCGGAAACUCUGACUGUUUUGGACGCCAUAUCUUUGUGCGUGACUGUCGUGUCUUAUGCGGCCGACACAGAGCGUGGACUUCAAAUGUUGAUUGUUUUGGAAGCUAUACUUCCUUUGCAUUUAAAACACAUGCAAACAUUGACGACAAAGAAAGAGACUCCCGGCGGUCCAAGAACCGAAUUACAACACAUCCAUAAUGUUUCUGUUUGUAUGAAAACUCUUGUCUAUAAUUGCGAAGCUCUGACUCGCAAUUUCACGGGUCCGCAACGGGCCAUUGAUUUGCGUGGUUCGUCCAUCAAGAACGCGUCUCGAAGUCCUCCCGCCGGCAUUGAAGUGGACGACGACUCGCACUCCAAGUUCGUGUCCGACAAUUACUUCAACCGAAGAGUCGGAGCCGACAGUAGUGACGGAGAGACUCUGAGGACGGAAUUCCGUCGUCCGCGAGAUGUUCUUCUCAAAGUCGUGGCCGAGUUCUUGAGCCGAAGUGCAGCGCGUUUGGCCGAUCUGAGUAAGAAACUGCCGGAUCUUCACGCGAAAGGAACUUCCUACGAGUUGUUGGACGUGAGAUGUCAUUUGCGUUUAGCAGAAGUUGCGCAUUCUCUGCUCAAGAUGGCACCUUAUGAUCCGCUGACAAUGGCCUGUCGAGGUCUGGUCAGAUAUAUGACCGAAAUUCUGCCCAAUUCCGAGUGGCGUCAGGAACAGAUGCGUCCCGCGCUUAUUAUGGUCUUAAGACGUCUCGACAAGACUUUCUCUAAGAUCGCAAAGAAGUCGGCGAUAAAGAGGUCGACGGAUUGGGAAGCGGCGCGUCGGCUCUUGAAAGGCGUGUAUUUGACGUUCGCGAGACAUCCAUAUAUCGUUCAUUUACCACAUCUCAAGUCUUUGAUUGCCGUUUGUCAGAACAUUGUUUUGGGAGACCGACAGACAGACGCUCAAACAGACACCACAUCUGCCGUCCCUUCGUGGGCAGUGGCCUUAUCUCAGACGUCUCCUCCCGGCUUCACGUCUGUGGCCGUCCGUCUGGUGGCGCUUCAGAUGUUGCAAUUGGGAGACGCGCAGUCUCUGGAGACGCUGUGUUCUUCGGCUUUCGCUUCUGCGGACAAAGCGGACAUUUAUCUCAUGAAUCUGAUUUACCCGAUGUGUAUUCGCGUGACUUCUGGUCUGAAAGAAGUUCCGCGACUUCGACAACACGACAUAACAUUCGCGUUGUCUGUCGUUCUUCAGACUUUGCGUCCGCUUUCGGUUAAGCCGGUGAAAGGCAGUGAUUCGUCGGUUGGACAGUCGGCUCAACAAUCCACUUAUUCCGUCGGUUUUCUUGGACUCAAAAUCCUUAUUGUUUGCUUCGAACGCCAGUUGACGACUGAGUGGUCGCGAAUCGCACGAUGUAUUCGUGAAUUGGCCGCCAAGACACAGGGAGGCGUCACAUUGUGGGCGUUCCUCGAUUUUGUGGUCACUUAUCGGACGCCUCUGUUUCUACUUUUGGCGCCUUUGAUUCGCUGCAAGUUUUUGCUGAAGAUCUGCGACAACGACAACGAAUACAUCUUUCAACAGCAGAUCCGCGACAAAAUGGCCGGAAGAGGAUUACCACACAACAGAUCCAAAGGCCAACUUUUGGUUCAACUGAUGUCCGAAAUGCGAAUUUUACGCGAAGAACUCAUAUCUCGCAAAACCAUGUCUCAGGACGAGCGCAACAAAUCCAUUGUUCCGGACGCUUCUUCGGGUGGCGAACGACCCGAAGGUCACCGUUUGUCUUUUGCUUUCGCUCAGUCGGCUUCGCGUUUGUCUAAUGUGUCUUCGAAUUCAAACACUCCUCAAACCCAACCUAACGUUGCUUCGACUCCGACCUCUUCGUCGCGUCCAUCUCUGCUCAGGGGUUUGUCAUUCCGACUGACCACUUCCCGAACUCCCGACCGAAUGUUUUCGCCGCGAAAUUUGUCUGUAAAGUUGACACGUGAUGACGGAAGACGUCAAAUGGAAGGAAUGAUAAGACGCACGAGUUAUCCCGACCCGAAGGAGGCGUUGGCCGAAAUGACGGCCAAAGAAUGUCAUUCGGAACCAAAACUGUUCCGCAAAUCAACGCUUCAUAUAAAACGCGGAUCAGCUAAGAGAAACAAAGAAUCGCCUCUUGCGUCUUCGGCGGUCACGUCGUCCUUCAGCGGAGAAGCGUUGGCUGAAGGAGUGACUAUUGAUGACGAACAAGAGAUCAGAAGUCAAAUCGGGAGAAAGGAUUCGGCGGAAGAAGAGGCGGAGUGUGGACUCAAAGGACAUCGAUUGCAACGACAAAAAGCGCAAUCGAGAAAAACAUUCAGAUUUAGAAAAUCGAAAAGAGGUUUCAAAACAGACGAAAACAUUCCUCUUCAGCAAAGACAAACAGAACAAACAGAAACACAAACAGUCGCUCUGGCCGAAGAAGAAAGCUCUUCGAUUGCCGAACGAUCGCGUGAAGCGGAAGCAGUGGUGGCGCUGUUGUCGCCUCAAGACGCGCAAAGACACGACUCGGAAGAGUCGCUGAACGAGUGUGCGGCCCUCCUGUCGAACGAGGAGGCGGCAGUUCCGUUCGCAGACGACGACGAAGAAGUCGUUUGAAUUGGUUUUGAAUCACUUUAUGACUAGUUUUUGACUAG